GUUCUUAAAGAUCAAGUUGAUAUAUGUCUUUCUUACAGAGUAACAUUGCCUACGUUAGCUGCUAACCAUCAGUCUAUUUUUUUGAAUUUCUAGCGAUGCCAGCAGAUAUGUUGUUUCUAAGAAGCUGAGAAUGUUAAGGUUGCUGGUAUUGCUUCUUCUGUUGACUUUUCAUCAAUGCAAAAGAGAUCGUGCAAAAUGCCCAACAAAGGAUUCUCUGCCCAUUCCGGUUCCUCAUGAGUGGUAUCGGCCGGGGGCCUUCCUUCUUGGUGGCAUUGCUUCUCACAUCAUCUGUAUGUUUCAUGAACUUUACUUCAGAAACCACCCAAAUGAUUUUGAGCAAAUGGGUCUUGAUUUUCAAGUGUAAGGAACCUUCCACCUUUUCUAUAUGAUGUAUUCUUGAAAAUGUUAAAAGUGUAUGUCGUGAAAUAGAAUUUUGAAAAAAAUGUGUGUGUGAGGCUCAUCUAAUAUUCAUGUCUAAAAACAUGAUUUGUCAAUCCCAUGGUUUCUAAUUUACUCACAGUGUCCUAGAAACAAACCCCUCUUCAAUUAUAACAGAGACUUUUAUUUUCUGUCUCAGAAAAGGAGGUUCCAUUUCUUCUAUUUAUGCUGAAUUCAAAAUACUUUUAUCAGCAGAAAAAGUGGAAACUAAUUUCAAUGGCAAAUGCAUUGUUUUGACAGUGUCACUGCAUGCAUUUUUUCUUAAUUUCCAAGUUGAUCCCCUUUUUAUCAGUACCUGGUGUCAUGCACAACUCCACUUUAUCUCUCUCCCUCUCCCUUUGAAAUGUCUAUCAAUGUUACAAUGAGGUCCAACAUUCUGACAAAGAAAUUGUAUGCAACAUAGAAAUACCUUCUGAAAGAUCAUGUAACUCUGUUUGCAGGAUGGUGACAAAAUUCUACCAGCAUAUCCUGGCUUUGGCAUUUGCUGUAAAUGAAAUCAAUGAGAAUCCUGAGAUUUUACCCAACAUCACUCUGGGAUUCCAUAUUCAUGACAGCUACUACUUUGAGAGGAUGGCAUAUCGCACCAUUCUGGACUUGCUCUUCAAAUCACAAAGAUUUGUCCCCAACUAUCGCUGUGGCCCAGAGAAGAACUUAGUAGCUGUAAUUGGAGCACUUGGGUCUGAUCUCUCCUUCCACAUGGCAGAACUCUUAGGAGCCUAUAAGAUCCCACAGCUCCACUCCUUUCUUCAAGCCACGUUUUUAAACAACUCAGCUGGAGAAAUUAUAUCAUUCAAUGAUCAUGGAGAACUGAUUACUGGAUUUGACAUAAUGAACCUAGUAAUAUUUCCAAACAAUUCUUUCCUUAAAACAAAAAUUGGAAUGGUGAAUCCCAACAAUCAUGAUGGAAAUCAGUUUAUCACUAAUGAGAAUAUGAUGGAAUGGCGUGCAAGGUUUAACCAGGUGCUUCCCCUUUCUGCGUGCAGCCUUUCCUGUCAGCCGGGCAAUCUAAAGACUAAGCAGGAAGGGAAGAAAUUUUGUUGCUUCGAUUGUCUCCCAUGCCCAGAAGGGAAGAUGUCCAAUGCAACAAAUAUGAAAGAAUGCUUUGAAUGUCCAGAAGAUCAAUAUCCAAGCAAAAGCAAAAACAAAUGUGUUCCCAAAGAUAUAUCCUUUCUGUCUUAUGAUGACCCUUUAGCGAUUAGUGCUGCUUCGGUUGCUUUUUCAUUUUUCUUGAUCACAGCUUUGGUGCUAGCAAUUUUUAUCAAGCACCAAGAUACUCCAAUAGUGAAAGCCAACAACCGGGACCUCUCCUACAUUCUCCUUGUUUCCCUUCUUCUCUGCUUCCUCUCUUCUUUCUUAUUCCUCGGUCGACCUGGCAAAGUGAGCUGCUUUUUGAGGCAAGCUGCAUUUGGCAUCAUCUUUUCCGUGGCAGUUUCUUGCGUAUUAGCCAAAACCAUCACUGUGGUUGUAGCUUUCAUGGCUACAAAACCAGGAUCCAACAUGAGAAAAUGGGUCGGGAAAAGGCUAGCUAAUUCCAUUGUCCUUUUUUGCACUUCGAUACAAGUAGUUAUUUGUACAGUCUGGCUCGGAAUCUCUCCUCCAUUCCCAGAUUUGGACAUGCAUUCACUAACUGGGAUAAUAGUUGUGGAAUGCAAUGAAGGUUCCUUCAUCAUGUUUUACCUUGUCCUGGGUUAUAUGGGACUACUUUCCGUCAUCAGUUUUACAGUAGCUUUCCUUGCUAGGAAGCUGCCUGAUAGUUUUAAUGAAGCCAAGUUUAUCACAUUUAGUAUGGUGAUUUUUUGCAGUGUGUGGUUGUCGUUUGUCCCAACUUAUCUGAGCACUAAAGGGAAAUACAUUGUAGCCGUGGAGAUCUUCUCUAUCUUAGCCUCAAGUGCUGGACUGCUGGCAUGUAUCUUUUUUCCAAAAUGCUAUGUUAUUCUGUUGAGACCAGAGUUAAACAACAAAGACCAUCUAAUAAAGAGAAAGAACUGAA